AUGCUUGAAUUGUUUGCUCCAAGCAGCGCAUCUCGAAUCUGCGUCGGAAGUCCCUGUGGAUUCGCCAACAGCCGAGCACGUGACGCAAUCGUAGGCUCGAGGCUUCACAGCGGCUGCCCGAGAGCUGCUCUUGUCGACGCUGUAGAGGCGGACGAUCCAGUUGUUAUUAAUGUUAUCGUAGUUGGAACAGACCGGUGCACUUUGUGCGCCAAGGCGCUGUUGUCAAUUAGAAGGAUCAUAUCCUCUAUCGUCCCGCCACUGGCAUACGAGCGUCUGCCCGACAAUCUACCAUCCGCGUGGGCCCUGACUGUGGGUGCGCGCAUUGUGCCGAGUCUUAGAGACACGAAUCUGGGCUUGCAGGUAAGAUCACGAGAAGACGACGCUUUACCCGCCCUGGGGAGCAUAGCUUACAGAGCUGGAGUGCCACUGCGGUCAGCAGCUUCUGGAGCAAAGAAGGGGCCACCUGCUGUUCCAUCUUUAGAUUAUAACAAGUCACAUCCAGCGUCCCCCGUGCAAGGGGGGGAAAGGGGAGAUCUCAGUGGUGGUUCGUCUCAAGACCUGCAAGCGCAGGCACAACUGCAGGGUCGGGUGAGGGUAGGUUUGGCUAGCUUGGACUCUGCCGAAGCUCGUGAGACCUUAGGCGUAUGUGAGGGGGAUGUACAGCAUCUCAGAGAGGAAGUACCGAUCAUUCUUGUGGGAGGAAAAACCGUGAGUCGACUGAAGUUCAACGGCCCCGCUGUCCGCGCCGCGCUGUUGCAGGAACUGAAGACACUCCAAGGAAAGCAUCCGAAGACGCUGAAGAACCAGGAGACGAUCCCCUAG